ACCCCACGGAGGCUCGGCUCGGCUCGGCUCAGCGGCAUCCUUUCGGAUAAUAUCACCGGCGAGGAAAGCUUUAUUUUGCCUUCAAUCCUAAACAGCGUGCCACCAGACAGGCCACACUCAUGCCCGUCGAGGCAGCCUGGGGAGGGAGAAGACUUUAAAAGAGGGGACAGUGUGGAGGAGGAGAGCGUGGUCACGUUUAGCUGGUGGACCUGCAGGGAGCGACAUCUCAGGGACAUGUCCACUAGCACAGCUAGAGGUCAUGGGGGUCUUAACCAACUAGGCGGAAUGUUUGUUAAUGGCCGUCCGCUCCCGGAGGUGAUCCGGCAACGCAUUGUGGACAUGGCCCACCAGGGUGUCCGGCCUUGCGACAUCUCCCGGCAGCUCCGAGUCAGCCACGGAUGCGUCAGCAAGAUCCUGGGACGGUACUACGAGACAGGCAGCAUCAAACCGGGCGUGAUUGGAGGCUCUAAGCCUAAAGUGGCCACGCCGAAAGUGGUGGAGAAGAUCGCGGAGUACAAGAGGCAGAAUCCCACCAUGUUCGCCUGGGAGAUCAGGGACAGACUGCUGGCUGAAACGGUUUGCGACAGCGACACCGUGCCCAGUGUCAGCUCCAUUAACAGGAUCAUUCGAACCAAGGUCCAGCAACCGUUUAAUCUCCCUCUGGAUGGAAAAGUUCUAAGUCCUGGACAAACUUUGAUUCCCAGUUCUGCCGUCACCCCGCCCGAGUCUCCGCACUCGGACUCUUUAGGGUCCACCUACUCCAUCAACGGCCUGUUGGGAAUCCCUCAACCAGGCAGCGAAGGCAAGAGGAGCCACGAUGACAGUGACCAGGACAGUUGUCGACACAGUGUGGACUCUCAGGGCAGUGGCGGCAUUCCGAGGAAAACCAUGCGCCUCGACCACUUCUCGCAGCAUGUCGACUGCGGCUUCGAACGUCCGCACUACCCAGCAGAUUCCUUUGGCUCCGCCAACAAAACAGAACAAACCUUGUACCCGUUGUCGCUAAUCAGCGGCAGCCUGGAGGAGGCCAAGAGCGGCCUUGCGGCAUCCAGCUCCGCCAUUGGUCGCAAUCUAACGGCGCAUCAGAGCUAUGCUAUGGUGCCUGAGCCCCUCCAGUCCCUGCCGCUUUGCCUGAAGCAGGAAAUGUCUCCGGAGGUCACCAGCACGAGUCCGUCCUCUCCCAACAUGCCAUUCGUGGAGCUGCAGAAGCCCGUUUCUGUUGGCAGCAGCUGCAGCAACCAUUACCCCAACUCCUAUAACUCAUUCCCCCAUCAUGCACCGGUGUACGGCCAGUUCGGCGGCCAGUCUAUCAUCUCAGGGCGAGACAUGGUAAGCUCCACCCUGCCCGGGUACCCACCUCACAUCCCGUCGCCCGCCCAGACAGGAUACUCCUCCUCGGCUAUCACUGGUGUUGUCGCAGCAGGCGGCGACUACUCGGCGCAGUCCUACAGCCACUCGCCCUACGCCUCCUACAGUGAAGCCUGGAGGUUCACCAAUUCCAGCAUCCUGGGCUCACCCUAUUACUACAGCACGGCCUCCCGCACUGCUCCACCUUCCACGACCGCCUACGACCACCUCUAGUCCCCUUCUGGACCUUCCUACAUGACUCGGACACCCAGGCAAGCACCUGGAUAGCCAGAGUACUCGCAGAUGAACCAGCAACCUGACUUUCUUUGUUUGUUUCUUCCAUCCUCACCACUGCCUCACAGAUGAUUAUUUAUUUGAUCCAGUGGCCCAGGGUAACUCAUCGGCGGACAUGAGAGCACGUUUACACAUCUCCAGCCUCACGUCUCACAUGGUGCAUUUUUUCAGUACGGAGUUUUUGGCCAAAGACUUUUUUUAAACCCCCUCCCCCAUCACACACCCUACAAAAAAUAUGCAACAUCUUUCUAAUGAACUAUGUUUGAUUGUUUAGUUUUUGUUUACAAAGCUUUGUUUGUUUGUUUUGAAUCCUUUCAGCCUUGAUUUGUCUGCUUGAUUCUUCCAUUAGGCCUCCAUUUGUCUAGCAAAGUGUACAUACUGUAAAUGUGGAAUGACCUAUGAGGCCAGUUGAUGCGGGGGUCGGGGGAGGGGGUGCUGAUGGGACAAGAAAAGCCAAACACCGCAUCCACACUUUUGUUCGGUUUGCCAUCAUACUCAUGUACUGAUGUUUGGGAAGAAUUGUGACUAUUUUUUAUUCAUAUGCUGUUAUUAAUAUUAUUGCAGAUGUACUGUACAUAGGGAAUUUCUAAAGAAUUAUUUUUAAUUAAA